UUCUUCUUCCAGCUUGUGAUCCCUACUACAAAUAUAUACUCCUCGUGCGGCUCCCUGGACCCAAUCCGAUCCAACCAACAUUUCCUAGCUCACAAGUCACAACUGACAGAGAUUUCUUGCCCGUUUGUCCGCCGAUCUCCGGCCUCUUCAGCAGGAAAGAGCAGUGUGCUAGCUUGGCCGACCGUAGGAGAUCAGAGUUGCAUGGUAUGAUGUCGAGAUCAUCGAAGAAGCAGCAGAAGCGGUCGGCGUGGAGCUCCCUGUUCGGGUGCUGCGUCGGCUCCGGCGGGAAGAAGACGGGGAGCGGGAAGGUCGGUCCUGGGUCGAGCUCGAGGAGGAUCAAGCACGCCGCGGCCGACGCGGUGGCCGCGCUGGGGCAGCGUCUGUCGUUCACGGACGUGAUGAGCGCGGCGUCGGACCAGGAUCUGUCGGUGUCGCUGGUUGGUUCCAACCUUCACGUGUUCACGGUGGGAGAGCUGAAGGCGGCGACGCAGGGGUUCCUGGACGACAACUUCCUGGGCGAGGGCGGGUUCGGCCCAGUGUACAAGGGCUCCCUGGAGGAGAAGGCCAAGCCGGGGCUCAAGGCGCAGUCCAUCGCCGUCAAGCUCUGGGACCCCGAGGGCACCCAGGGCCACAAGGAGUGGCUGGCCGAGGUGAUCUUCCUGGGGCAGUUCCGGCAUGCCAACCUGGUGAAGCUCAUCGGCUACUGCUGCGAGGACGAGAACCGGCUGCUCGUCUACGAGUACAUGCCCAAGGGCAGCCUAGAGAACCAUCUCUUCAGAAAGUUUUCUCCCGGUCUGUCGUGGUCAACCCGGCUGAACAUCGCUGUGGGCGCCGCCAAGGGCCUCGCCUUCCUUCACGACGCCGAUAAGCCCGUCAUCUACCGCGACUUCAAAACAUCCAAUAUCUUGCUCGACCCCGACUACAAGGCAAAGCUCUCGGACUUUGGGCUCGCGAAGGAUGGGCCGGAGGGCGACGCCACCCAUGUCUCGACGAGAGUCAUGGGCACUCAUGGCUACGCCGCGCCAGAGUACAUUCUAACUGGUCACCUCACAUCGAAGAGCGAUGUCUACAGUUUCGGCGUCGUCCUCCUCGAGAUCCUGUCGGGGAGACGAGCCGUGGACAAGACGAGGCCUACCAGGGAGCACCACCUGGUCGAGCACAUGCGGUCGUGGCUCAAAGACCCGCAGAAGCUCGGACGGAUCAUGGACCCGGCGCUGGAGGGCAAGUACUCCGCCGCGGCAGCUCACAGGGCGGCCAUGGUGGCGUACCAGUGCCUCAGCGGUAGCCCGAAGAGCAGGCCGGACAUGUCCAAGGUCGUGGAGGAGCUGGAGCCCCUCCUCAGCCUCACGGACGACGUGCCCAGCGAGGCGGUGGUGUAUGUAGCGUCGCAGGAUGACGCUAGGAAGGAGAGAGCGACGAGGAGAAGGAAUGGCGACAGGGAGAGCGGUAAUGGUGGUUACAGGCAUAAAGCUAGGUCUCCGAAGAAGACUGUUAGGAGACGGGGCAACCAGACUGAGGAGUUCUGGGAGUGGAACAUGCCUGGAGAAGGUAAAGUAUAGUUUAGUUAGUACUAGCUCAGUCUAUUUGUGUGGAACGUGGAUGUAAAUGUUGAUUGUGCUGGCCGGCAGACGGCAGUACACUGCCUUUGAUCGGGGGGUUCAGGAUUGCAUCCCUGUCGCUAAUUCCUUGUUCC